UUUAACCAAAGCAUACUAAUUUCUGACCAUUCCAAACAACAAAAGGAUCCGAAGAAAGAACUCCGGAACCAAAACCUCGUUGGAACCCGAAACCCGAACAGAUUCGGAUCCUAGAAUCCAUCUUCAACUCCGGUAUGGUCAAUCCCCCACGUGACGAAAUACGUCGCAUCCGCUCUCAGCUCCAAGUCUACGGCCAAGUCGGCGACGCCAACGUCUUCUACUGGUUCCAGAACCGCAAGUCCCGCAGUAAGCACAAACAGCGCCAUCUAAAGUCAACCCCCGCGGCCGCCGCCGCCGCAAAGUCAACUCCGCCGCCAUUAACGCCUGCAUCCUCAACCUCCACGUCGGGCUCGAACACCAAACAGAUCGUCACCACUCUUCCGGCUCUGAGCACGUUCUUCGAUCAGAAUUUCUUACAAGCACCAAUCUUGAUGCCGGAGCUGAGCUUAGAGUCUUCUGUUCUUCUUCCGGCGAGUUACCAGAUUUCCUCCGGCGAACUUUCCGGCGGAUCGCCGGCGGCUUGGGAUCUGAUCAUGCAGGAAGUUUUUCCGAGUAAGAGUGCGGGAGCUUCUAUUGGCUGUGUUGUUUCGGGUGAUGAGGAAAUUGCCGUGGCUACAGGAACGGCUACACCCGGUACUGUCAAUGAGAUAAAAG